UCUCCCCUCUCUCCCCGUCCCGAUCUCGCUCGACCGACCUUGCGGCCAUGGCGGACUACCACUUCGUGUACAAGGACGUGGAGGGGGCCACCACGCAGUGGGACGACAUCCAGCGCCGCCUCGGGAACCUGCCCGAGAAGCCGCCCGCCUUCAAGCCGCCGGAGUUCGUGCCCAGGGCCGACGCCGACGAGCAGCCCAAGUCCAAGGAAUGGCUCGACGACCGCGAGGCCGACGAGCUCGAGGACCUCGAGGACGACCUGGAGGACGACCGCUUCCUCGAGCAGUACAGGAGGAUGAGGCUUGCGGAGCUCAGGGAGGCGGCGAAAACCGCGAGGUUCGGCACGAUACAGCCCAUCACCGGCUCCGAUUUCGUGCGCGAGGUGUCGCAGGCUCCGCCGGAUGUCUGGGUUGUGGUCUUCCUCUACAAGGAUGCCAUACCAGAAUGUGGGCUGCUUCACACUUGCCUGGAGGAAUUGGCGACAAAAUACGCAGAAACCAAGUUUGUUAAAAUUAUCUCCACCGACUGCAUUCCCAACUACCCGGAUAGGAAUGUUCCCACAAUAUUGGUGUACAACAACAGUGCUGUCAAAGGAACUUAUGUUGGUCUUCAGAAGUUCGGCGGAAAGAAAUGCACACCUGAAUCUGUUGCGUUGGCGCUUUGCCACUCAGACCCAGUACUGAAUGAUGGGCAGGGUGGUGGCGAUUCAUCACGUAACAAUGUCAUGGAAGGCGUUCGCAGGAAGUUCAUAGAGAAGGUUGUCGCCCAGCAUGAAGCCCGGGAAGACGAAGAUGAUAGUGACUAACCUUAGUCUUUCUGCUAGUUUUUCUGUGGUAUCAUAUCUUGUCUUCCGGGGACGAUGGUUGUCUCAGCUUACUGAUGUUAUUUUGUUCUCUGUGUGUGAAAAUCUGAAUGUUGUUUUCUACGAGGUUUUGUAUAAACUUGGUUCUAGUAACCUGCUGUGGUAUACGCAGUGAUAAUGUAUCUUUAGUGUUCUGGUUCUCA